UAGGGUUUUGCAAGUGGAAGUCUUGACGCUGAUGCUCAGUCUGUUCGCAUCUUUGUUGCCGAUGGUGGCGAAUGCCUUGCCGCUCAAAGCUAUGCCAAGAACAUGGGCCUGUAUGGAGAACGUGUUGGCGCACUGAGCAUUGUGUGCAAAUCUUCUGAUGUGGCAGUCAGAGUUGAGAGUCAGGUGAAACUUGUAAUCAGGCCUAUGUAUUCAAACCCUCCUAUACAUGGUGCAUCUAUAGUGGCGACAAUUCUGAAAAACAGUGAGAUGUACAAUGAAUGGAUGGUUGAGUUGAAAAUGAUGGCUGAUCGUAUAAUCAGCAUGCGUAAACAGCUGUUUGACACCCUGCAUGAACGAGGUAAAUAAAAUUCUUUCCCUUUUUUGCUGACAG